UUUUGGCUAAGAUCAAGUGUAGUAUCUGUUCUUAUCAGUUUAAUAUCUGAUAUGUGGGCCAUCGGUUCACACGAUAUUAACUCUAUUUUUUAAGGGAGAAGACCCGAUAAGAUAGCUUGCUAUCUGGGCUUUCACGAGUCGCCCAUGCGUUGCACUACUGCACGGGCCUGGCUCAACCCGCCAUUGCUCAGUCUAAAUUAAUUAUCAAAAUAAUAAACAGCCUUUUCUGAGAUUUAUAAUUUAAUUCCAAAAUGCCCAAGUAUAUAGACGCGAGUCAUAUGAGGCCUAUUACAACUGGGCCUAAAUGUCCAUAAUGAAAAACCUUAACGAAAACGGGGCGUUAUGAGUACUACACUACAGCUCCCAAUCUCAAAUCUCCAACGCGAGUGGCUGGCGUGGCGUGACAUUCUUUUGUUUUUUUUCUUGACAAAAUCUUUUUAAUUCUUCUUCCGACUUCUCUCUGUCCCAAUCGAAUCUUUCUUCUGAUUGGCUAAUCAAAUAAUAUUUUACAUAAAUACUACUCCACGACUUUCGCUCUGUCACACACAGCUUGAGUUUCCAUACAAAACGAAUAGUAAAUCAAAUCGUUAACCCCACGACGUUGAAGGACCUACAUGAUUCGUUUGACGGUCCAGAUUUACUGAUAUUUUUUUGUAACUUUUUAAUUCGCCGGCUCUCUCUCUCUCUUGCCGUGUUUUCGAUUCUUUUUUUUUUUUGGACAGGAAGAGAAACACACAAAAGGAAAAUUAUAUCUUCGAAUGAGAUAAAUAAAUUAUCCGCAGCGAAGAGCGGAAGAAGGAAGCUUUCCCUUUUUAAGAACCCCCCCCCCCCCACUACAUUGAGAGAUCCGUGGCGGAGACCGAUCUCUGUUUCUUACGAAUCUCUCUCUUGUCUUUGUCGGGAAACUCGACUUCUAUCUGAUAUUCUUAUAAAAAUAUGGGUUUGUGGGAUGCGCUUCUCAAUUGGCUUCGCAGCCUUUUCUUCAAGCAAGAAAUGGAACUUUCAUUGAUAGGAUUGCAAAAUGCAGGAAAGACAUCACUUGUAAACGUUGUUGCGACUGGUGGAUACAGUGAAGACAUGAUCCCUACGGUCGGAUUCAACAUGAGGAAAGUGACAAAAGGAAGUGUCACAAUCAAGCUUUGGGAUCUUGGUGGUCAACCUAGGUUCCGCAGCAUGUGGGAACGCUACUGUCGUUCUGUUUCUGCCAUUGUGUAUGUAGUUGAUGCUGCUGAUCCUGACAACCUCAGUGUCUCCAAAAGCGAACUCCAUGAUUUGUUGAGCAAGACGUCGCUUAGUGGUAUUCCUCUUCUAGUCCUUGGGAACAAAAUCGACAAGCCUGGAGCUUUAUCCAAAGAAGCCUUAACCGACGAAAUGGGACUCAAGUCACUCACAGAUAGAGAAGUCUGUUGCUUCAUGAUAUCUUGCAAGAACUCCACCAACAUUGAUCAAGUCAUUGAUUGGCUUGUAAAGCACUCCAAAUCAGCAAGCUAAACUUUGCUGCAAAAGAAGAGAAGUCAAAAACUCUUUGGAGUUCUUGAUCUUUCUCAGUCUUCUUGUGUGUUGCUCCUUUGAUGAUGAUGAUGGUGGAAGAAGACAGUUGUUUCUUUUUUUUUUAAUCCUGUGAAAUACAAGAUUUGUCUUUGUUUUUUUUUUUUUCCUGAUUCUUUAUCCUCUUUCAUCUGUGUCUGCUGCUGUUGUCUGUAUAUUAGAUUUGAUUGGUUCUCUGAAGGUCAGUUUUUUACAAAUUUA